AUGGCCGACGAAGAGGAGCGCGUGAAGGCCGAGAAGUUGGCUGCGGCCAAGAAGAGAGUGGCCCAGCUCCAGAAACAGAAGAAAAAGGCCAACAAGAAGGCCUCGAGCGCUACAUAUACACCCAAAGAUGCCGAAGCCACCAAAGAGGCUGACCUCACCGAAGAACCUGCGGCUGAACCUGCCACCGAGACUCCAUCGCCAGAGGCCCCCGCCGAGGAGAAGCCGCAGGAGGAUACAGCGGUAGAGAGCGCCGGUCCAGAGCAAGCGGAAGAACAAGAACAGCCCGAAAAAUCCGAUGCGCUUGCCGAGUCUCCUGUUGAACCCAUGCCCCCUGCCCCCACCUCACCUGGUCCUGAGACGGAGGCGCAACCUGCCCGACUAGAUACCCCACGAGCCGGCCAUGGCCGCCAGCCCUCGCUAUCGAUCCAGUCGAAGAUGCGCUCAUCAUCAUUCCGCAAGACUUCCGUGUCGCAAGGCAGCGUUUCCCCUUCUCCGUCCUCGGCUCUCAAGUCCCCUCCGCAAUCCCUCCCACCCCUGACCGGGGAUGGAGACUCGGUCCAUGAAGUAUUCCAGAAACAGUCGACGCGGAUUAGCGAGCUGGAGAAGGAUAAUAAGCGCAUGGAGAAGGAGCUAGCAGAUGCGACGAGCCGCUGGCGCAAGACGGAGGAUCAAUUGGAGGAUCUGCGCGAGACAAGUGUGGAUUUGCCGGAGCUGAGAGAGCAGUUGAAGAAGGCCGAGGAGAAGGCGGCGAGCAUUGAGACAUUGAAAGAGGAAAUCGCUUCGCUACAGCGGCAAAAUUCGCAGCUCCAGUCCCGGUCAAACCGGAACAAUGUCAGUUCCUCUACACCAGGGUCAUCGGAUUCGCCACCGGCAGACCUUGUGCGUCAGUUAGAGUCUAAGUCUGCCACUAUUGAGGCUAUGGAAUUGGAAAUUUCCAAUCUACGAGCACAGGUCACCUCGCAGUCAUCCUCCAAUGAGGCGCAUGAGAGCCAGCUUGCUGCACUAGAAGCGAAAGUCUCAAAUAGCCAGGCGGCGCUUGAGCACGCUCAGCGUGAACUGGCAGACUCGAAGCAAGCACUGACGCGCGCAUCCGAGAAGGCCGUCAAGGAAGGGGUGAACAAGACGUCAACCGAGACCCUGAUCAAGACGCUGCAGCGUGAAAUCGAAGAACUCAAAAAGGAGAAGAGUGAGGCUGAUAAGAAGAUCGAAACCUUUGAUAAGAAGCUCCAGGCUAUGGCAAACCUGCACAAAGAAUCCGAGAGCCGACACCAAGCCCGUCUCCGCGAGAGCGAAAAGAUCGAAAAGGAAACCGCCGUCAUGCGUAAGAAGCUAGCCAGCAUCGAAAACGAGAACCUGCGGCUCCGCGAAGAGCGUGACCGCAUUCGCAAGCGCGAGGCUGGCGGCGGCGCAGACGACGAAGCCCUCGACGAACUCGAAGACGAGGAGCGACAGCGCCUUGAGCGCCGCAUCCGCGAGCUGGAGGGCGAGAACUUUGAUCUGCGCCGUGGAGCCUGGCAAGAGAAACGCCAGGAGCUGGCUGGUCAACAGUAUCACGAGGAGGGAGCUGAGUCUGUCGGUGAUGCCGGUGCCAAUGCCUUCGACGACGUCGACCUUGUCGGUGGACGUCCCGACCAUGCCCGUCGCCGUAGUAUGGCCACCCAGCACCACUCUUCCUUCUCGACUGUUCUGUCCAGCGGCUUUGCUGCCUUUACGGGCGGUGGUGGUAACCGCUCCCGCGCUGGCUCAUCCAAUCCGCCCCAUCCGCACGGCCCUGCUACGCGUGGCAGUCUCGAGUUGUUGUCCGAAGAGAACUUCGAAGAUGAAUUUGACGAGGCUGAGUUCGCGCGCGCCCAGGCAGAGGAAGAAGCCCGCAAGCGUGUCGAGUGGAUGCGCGAUAUUAAGCGUAAGCUACGCGAUUGGGAGAAGUGGCGCUUAGAUCUAGUUGAUAGUCGGGCUGGCGCCGAGGGCGCUGGUGUUGGCAUGGGUGAGAUCUUCGAGGUCUGA